GGUUUGGGACGUUCAGUAUAAAAUCCCAGUACUCAGAGCUUCUCCUUGUGCUCUACUGCUAUGGCUACCUCAAAGCUUUUCUCGUUUUUGUUUCUCCAGUUGAUCAUGUUUGUUCUUGUUGUCCUUCAUCCGGCAAAUGGGCAGGGGCUGAAAGUAGGGUUUUAUGCAAAUACAUGUCCAGAAGCCGAGGCCAUAGUUAAGAAGGUUAUAGUUCAAACGAUGUCAAAAGCGCCCACACUAGCUGCCCCUUUGUUGAGGAUGCAUUUUCAUGAUUGUUUCGUUAGGGGUUGUGAGGGCUCAGUGCUGUUGAAUUCUUCAACUAAUCAAGCUGAAAAAAAUGCAGUUCCAAAUCAAACCCUUCGGGGAUUUCAAAUUAUCGAUAAAAUAAAGUCUGCACUAGAAAAGGCAUGUCCUGAUGUGGUUUCAUGCGCCGACAUCUUAGCUAUAGUAGCUAGGGACGUGGUUGCUACGCCAAAGGGACCAUUCUGGGAAGUCGAAACAGGGCGAAGAGAUGGAAGGGUUUCAAACAUAACAGAGGCCUUACAAAAUCUAAUUCCACCAACUGCUAACAUUAGCACAUUGAAAAGUGAUUUUCAACGAAAGGGUCUAAGCGUAAAGGACCUGGUAGUCCUAUCAGGUGGACACACAAUUGGUAUUGGUCACUGCGGCGGUUUCAGUAAUCGUCUUUACAACUUCACGGGAAAGGGUGAUACAGACCCCACAUUGGAUCCAAACUAUAUUACAAAAUUGAAGAUGAAAUGCAAGGCGGGUGAUCAAACAACAUUCGUAGAAAUGGAUCCAGGAAGCUUCAAGACAUUCGAUGAUGGCUACUACACUCUUGUGGCAAAGAGAAGGGGUCUGUUCCAAUCAGAUGCAGCUCUCCUUGACGAUGCCGAGACAAAAGCAUACGUGAAACUCCAAGCCACUACUCGAGGAUCUACUUUCUUUUCUGACUUUGGGGUAUCAAUGGUGAACAUGGGUCGGAUUGGAGUUCUCACCGGCAAGGAUGGUGAAAUCAGGAAACAAUGCAGCAGGGUUAACUAAUUAAGGACCGGGAAACCUGCGAGCAGAACGUACGGCAAGAAGAUUCCCACUUCGUCAUGGUUGUUCCUUUGACUAAACUUGUUUUAGUCACUGUUUGCUCAGACUCCAUUUAUUCUGAAUAAAUGUCUGAUUAAUUA